AUGGCCGCUCCUGCGCCCUCCGCCCCUGGUCCUCACGAGGACCAAGGGGUUAUGAGCCCAACUGGUGCUCGGCGUGCCAUUGAUUCGAGAUUGGAAGGUGAGACUGCUGGUCCUCGCUACGAUCGUCAUCCUGCUGGAAAUGCGAUGCCCAAUGGGGUACUUUCGGCUGAUGUUGUAAGGCGUGAGGAUAUGGUGCAGGCCUCACCUGGUGCAGCGAGUUUGGAAAGCGCUCCAUGGCCACCAGCUAUGACUUCAAGGACAGAAGAUGUGGGACCGCCUGGUACAUUUUCCUGUGAUUCCGGGCUUCGCCAAGAAACGUCUUCCGUGUCUGCUGGGAAUGUGGGGCCAACGAUUCCGCACUUGGUCGCGCGGGCGAGUACGGAUAAUCACCCGGGAGGCUCCCAGGGUGGGACUGCCUUGCCAGUCCCGUCCUGGAUGAGUCGUCUCGGGGAUUAUCUUCGCCAAGCUUCCGGACAGGUUGAGACGCUGACAACGACGCUCACGAGGAGUGUGGGAACAGACGAUGCUUCAUCGGCGUCCAUUCCGGUGGAGUUGGUGCAGGAGGAGGUGAGAAGACAAGUGGAAGCGGCCUUGGCAGGCCAGAAGGGAAGGAUCGUGGUGUACCUCAUGGAGAUCGGGCCUACUCAGCAUCGCAAGUGCUUCAUGAGGAUCGUGGAGUACCUCAUGGAGAUCGGGCCUCUUUCGCAACUCCAGGGCUUCAUGAGGAUCGUGGCGUACCUCAUGGAGAUCGGGCCUCUUUCGCAACUCCAGGGCUUCAUGAGGAUCGUGGCGUACCUCAUGGAGAUCGGGCCUCUUUCGCAACUCAAGUUCUUCGUGAGGAUCGUGGUGUACCUCAUGGAGAUCGGGCCUCUUUCGCAACACAUGCACUUCGUGAGGAUCGUGGUGUACCUCGUGGAGAUCGGGCCUACCCAGCAUCUCAUGCACUUCGUGAGGAUCGUGGUGUACCUCAUGGAGAUCGGGCCUCUUUCGCACAAGCACUUCCUGAGGAUCGUGGUGUACCUCAUGGAGAUCGGGCCUCUUUCGCUCAUGCACUUCGUGAGGAUCGUGGCGUACCUCAUGGAGAUCGGGCCUCUUUCGCAACACAUGCACUUCGUGAGGAUCGUGGUGUACCUCAUGGAGAUCGGGCCUACCCAGCAUCUCAUGCACUUCGUGAGGAUCGUGGUGUACCUCAUGGAGAUCGGGCCUCUUUCGCACAAGCACUUCCUGAGGAUCGUGGUGUACCUCAUGGAGAUCGGGCCUCUUUCGCUCAUGCACUUCCUGAGGAUCGUGGUGUACCUCAUGGAGAUCGGGCCUACCCAGCAUCUCAUGCACUUCCUGAGGAUCGUGGUGUACCUCAUGGUGAUCGGGUCUUUGCAGCAACAAAUGUGA